UAAUGCAAACCAACAGAAUUGACGAAAUCUCCUCUCUUUCAGAGGCGGCGUUUUCCUCUCUGACGAAAUAUCAAACAACCGGGAAGAACUCCGACCGUCUUUGUACCCUGCAGCAGCUGGUCCAGUUAACCAGAGCCCUAGAGAAACCGGCUGACACUAUAUAUCGGCUCUUUCUAUCGCCUACAGUCCUCAUGGCCAUCAACAUUGCCAUUGAUAUCGGUGUUUUCGAAAUCCUCGCAAAGACAGAAUCCUUCGUCACAAGCAGUGAGCUUAUUGCUGGGAAACAAGUGGACAAAGCUCUCCUGGAGCGGAUCAUGCGUGUCCUCGUCAUGAGCGGUUUCGCAGGCGAGCACGGCUCGGGCCAAUACUUCCCAACCCAACUAUCGAAGCAAAUAACGGUGCGAACAUCUCGCGGGACCGCAGAAUACCUUUUCAAGGAUUUCCUGCCCAUAAUCCACAAAACCCCCGUGUUCUUGAAGGAGACCCAAUAUCGAAACCCCCUCGAUCCUACCAACGGCCCCUUCCAAUAUACGUACAAUACGCAGCUAUCAUGCUGGGGCUGGCUGGCUGAAAAUCCGGACGUAGCAAGCCGGUUCAAUACCUUCAUGGAGGGCAAUCGCGGCGAUCUCCCCCACUGGAGUGACUGGUUUCCCGUCCAGAGUCGCCUGGUGGAUGGUGCUGAUGGUGGGCCGUUCCUCGUUGACGUCGCAGGAGGCCGAGGCCAUGAUCUUCUGGCUUUCAAGAAGUCGUUCCCUCGAGUUCCAGGGGCUCUUGUCCUGGAGGACUUGCCGUCGGUGAUUGCCGAUAUACGUGAUUUAGACCCGGAUAUUCGGAAGAUUGAGUAUGAUUUUUUCACUCCACAGCCGGUACAAGGCGCCCGUGCUUAUUAUUUCAAACAUGUCCUGCAUGACUGGUCGGAUGAGAAUUGCCGCGUCAUUCUCAAGCACACGAAGGCUGCCAUGAGGAAAAGGUACUCGAAACUGUUGAUCGAGGAGCAUGUCAUGUCUGACCGAAAUCCUUGCGCUCGCCACACGCUGAUAGACAUGGGAGUGAUGCUUCUUGGUAACGGCAUGGAGCGAACCCGGUCGAUGUGGAUGGAGCUGCUGGAGUCGAUGGGAUUCACCAUCCAGAGAAUCUGGGCUCCGGUGAAAGAGGGGCUAGACCUGAUCGAAGCUGAAUUGGGUGAUUAUGCACCCCAAGAUGGGAGCGCGUAAAAGAGUUCCAGUAGCGGUAAAAAUUGAUCGACGGGUUGGAAAGAACAUCUGAGUCUUUCGUGCUGCACAUUUCGGUUUCUAUUGGUUUCAAGGAUCAAAAAAGAGGAAUUCAACAUCUGUAUCAGAGCAAUAAACAGGCAUCAUAUGAAUAGCUUCUGCA